UGCAUACUCACCUGAUGCUAAGUAGGAGGGUUUCUUGAGAAGGUGGUCUGUGAGUUACUGGUCGAAAUCUCUCACUGUGAGACUUGAGCCCAUGAACUGGCCCAAUCCAUUGCACCCAAACAACGUGGGGACCUGUGGCUCCUCCAGCCAGUUGAUAACAGGCACAGCAGGAGCCAACAACUCAAUCUGAACUUUUUGUCAGGACCUGUAAUGAUAGGAUGAGGAGUAAUGGGUACAAAUUGACAAAAAGAGAGUUUAGUUUAGGUAUUAGGAAGAAAUAGUUCCUGUGAGGGUGGUGAGGCAUUGGAACACAUUGCCUAAGGAGGCUAUGGAUGCUCCAAUCCUGGGUGUUUUCAAAGCCGAGUUGGACGAGGCCUUGAGCAGCCUGGUCUAGUGAGAGGCGUCCCUGCGCACGGCAGGCGGGGUUGGGCCCCUUUUAGGGUCCCUUCCAACCCCUUAACGUUCUAUGAUUCUAAAGACCUCAGACUAUGCAGUCAAAGGUAACCCUUCAUUCAGGGUCCCCCCUUUGAAGUUGUCUGGCCUUUUUCGCUGUUAAGAGACUGUUUCACAACCCCUUCUCACUCUCUCUAACUCCCUGUGCAGAUGACCAUUUCUGCCCCUUGAGCGCCCAGCGUCAGGAUCCCACAGAGUCGGGGAAGCGAGGCCUGUGUGCUCACGGACACCGCGCUAUUUGCUGCGACUCCGUGGUUCUGGCGGGCCCGGCGCCGCCCGAAGGGCAGCGAAGCCGCGCCACAAGAUGGCGGCCGUGGCGGAGGAGGGCGGGCGGCCGCCCGAGGAAGCGCCGGGGGAGCGGAGUGGCCGCACCCUGGAGCGCCCGGGGAGGGCCGGCAGCAACACGGACAGCGACGAGACUGUCGUGGAGGGCUCUGUGACGGAGAGUGAUGUGGAGGAGGAAGAGGAGUUCUGUAGGAGGAGGUUGGCUUAUCUUAACAAGGACAUUGCUUUAACAACUGAGAUAAGUGUUAAUAAAGGAGCUUUUUCUCCAGAAAUCUCUUUUAUACAGAAAUUUGGUGACCACACAUAUUAUCACAAGACAGAACAGAUAAAUCCAGUACUUCAAGAGGCAUCCACAUCUGACCAGUCUCAGUCCCUACUGAAGGGUUGGAUAAGCCAUUCAUCAUCUACUGACAAUAUUUCUAAGCCUGGUUUUUCAUUAAAUUCUGCAGCAGAAGAACAGCAAAAUAAUUCUGUAGAUAUCAAAUUGAAUGGAUUUCAGAAGGAUGCAGAAGAAAAGCCUGUGGGUGGUCAGCAGAGAGAGAAAGAAGUAAUUUCAGAUUUCUUGGAUGCCACCUUUAGUGAAAAACAAACUAGUGAGGGACAUUCAUGUACAGUGGAGCCUGCAGCAUGUGCAGAGCCAGCCCAAACCAUAUCAAGUAAAAAUCAGAAAUCUACUUCUGAAGACAAGCGGGAUCUAGAAACCAUCAUAUGGCAAGAAAUAAUUCUGAGUGAGUUUGCAGAAGCUAAUCAGAGGAGAAGGAGCAAGAGAAUUGACAACAAACAGAGACGAGAAGCCUUUGGUAGGAAUUCUGUAAAUCCAACUCGAGCCCUUUCACUUUCAACAAUCCACAGGAGGAAUGUGUAUGGUGAGAACUUACUGCAUAGAGCUGUUAUUCACCAAGACAUAAACCUUGUGCGUAGGAUUAUACAAGCUGGUGGAAGUGUAAAUGCUCAGGAUUAUGCUGGCUUGACGGCACUACAUAUAGCAAGUGUGGAAGGUUCUUACAGCAUAGCAAAUCUGCUUUUGAAAGCAGGAGCUGAUGUUAAUGCUACACAAAACGAACAAAUAACACCCUUGCAAGAUGCAGUUAAAGAAGGCCAUUAUGAGGUAGCAAACUUAUUACUUUGGUAUGGAGCUGAUCCCUUAUUAAAAGAUCAGAUGGGAAGGUGUGCAUUAGAAGAAGCCUCUGACCCAUCUAUGAUGAAACUUCUUAAAAGUUAUGUAGCAAAAUCCAGAAGAUGCUCAGUAGCAGGUGGAAGUGUUUCAAAGAACACGUUAAAUACUCAGUGUGUAGAAGAUACAAACCAGCACCAGACAGAGGAGUCAGAACCAGCAUGUGCAAAUCCUCAGGCAACAAGCCAAAAAGCGAAGGCAGCCCCAUAUUCCAGUAGCAGCAAGAACAAGCUUUCAUCUAAUCAAUCACAAUUGAGUCAAGCAUCAGAGCAGCAAACAUCUAAGAAGUCAGAAUCUACCAGGGAAGAAACUGUAAUUGUACAUGGUACCUGUAAGACAAGACCUGAGAGAAAGAUGAAAAUUAGGAGAAAUGCAAAAGGGGAAACUCAGCUGCAUAUUGCUGCUAAGAGAGGAAAUCUGUCUUUGGUGAAGACUCUAAUAUCAUCUGGAAUUUGUGUCAAUGAACAGGAUUAUGCAGGUUGGACAGCAAUUCAUGAAGCCUCCAAUAGAGGAUUUACUGAUGUAAUCUUAGAACUACUGAAAGCAGGUGCUGAUGUUAACAGCAGAAGUCUCUGUGGUGUUCUACCAAUACACGAUGCCGUUUCUGGCAAUUAUUUGGAGGCAGUCAAGAUUCUGCUGCAACAUGGAGCAAAUCCCAACGAGAGGAAUGGUUCAGGAGAAAGUGCUUUCAAUCAAGCUUGGGAUGAAGAAAUGAAAGAAUUGCUGAAGUCGUAUGGUGCUGUAGACUCUGUACUUCCUAUUCAAACUGUUGAAGUUACUGAGGGGAAAUCAAAACGUCGUUGUCGUGACUGCUAUAAAUAUGAUGAUGCAGCUUUGGAGACAGAACAGGAGAACUACAAUGUGAAAUCUCUUGCUCCUGUACAGGAUACAGUAAAGAAGCAGGAAGAACUGUUGCUAUUUGAGUUGAGAACUUCCAAAGAUGCAGAUGUGUACAUCCAAAGGCUGUCUCAUAUACAAGAUACUUUAGAUGAAAUACUUGCAAAACAGAAAACAGAGAGGGAUAUGCUUGCUGAAAAAUGCAGGACUUCAGUGGAAUCAUUUAAAAGAGGUGCACUAAGGAAACAAUUAAUUAACCUUGCUUCUAGGCAAAAGAGCCUGUUGACUGUUGCCCAAAACCAGGAAAUAUUAGUGCAGAAAAUACAAAAUUGCAGGAAAACAAAGCAAAUGUUCAAUUCAUCAGCAGAGAAGCAAAUCUCAAACUUAGUUAUUUUUCAUGGAAGUGAUACAAGACAAAGUUUGACUCCUAAUGAAAUCAUGUGUCCUAAUACAGUAGCAUUGAAUAUGGGGCUUGGUUCCAGUGCGCCUAAUGGAAACAGAGUAGAAGCACAUGUCUCUUUGGAAAAUAGAUUUUCAACUCAGGAAUUCAUCCAGCACCCACACAGCUGCUUGGAUGAGACAGAAGCAAGUAAAGAAGCAAUUACAAGCAAAAAGGCCUCUGAUCAUGCUUUGGCAUCUGAAAACAGGGUAAGAGAAUAUCCCUUUGACAACAUGUCAAAGCUGACAAAUGCUGCAGAAGUGAUGACAUUGCCUUCAGAACCUGCUAUUUCCACUGCUAAAACUAAGUGCUCACAGCAAAAAGACAUUGAUUGUGUAGCAAUUGUAGGACAAAGAAACAAGUCUUUAAAUCCCACUUCAAUGACCAACACAUUAAAUAUUGUAGAACCCCGAAGCACUGUUGUCAAUAGGAAUGUCUAUCAGACAACCAGUGACUGCAAGCAGGUUCUUUCACAUGAGGAUCUGCAGAGAUAUGGGAAUAAGAAAGAAGCUUUCCAGCAACAGGCACAGCAAGCAAUUUUGUUAGCAUCUACAAAGAAUUUCGCUAAUACUUCGCAGCAAAUGGUCUUGCAAAGUAGUGAGAAUUCAUUUAAUGCCAACCUGAUGCUUAGUAAUCUUGCCUUAAAUACAGACUCUCCAACAAAUAUCAGUGAGAAAUCUUCACAGAGUUAUGGUAAUCAGGAAUGGGAACAAAAACAAGUGAGAUAUAGAUGGAAGAGUAAGAAAAAGCAUCAGUUGAUAGAUCUGCUUGAGUUGGGAAUGAUAAAGCCUGGAGAAAAUGUUUUAGAAUUCAAACUGCAGGAAUUUAGUCAUAAAGCUACACUCUUGAAGAAUGGCAAGAUCAGAACCAGUAAAGGACAAAUACUACAGAAUCCAGUUCAGUGGGUUAAAGAUCUACUAGGAAGUGGUAUUUCUGUGACAUGGAAGUAUGUGUGGAAUAAGGUUACAUAUCUUGGGACAGAAUUGUCAAAAUUUAGUGUCAGUGAGGUGUCAGUUUCCAGUGACCUGGAGUUGCCAACACAGAAAGGAAACCCUUCCGGCUCUUCUGUCCAGUUCAACUCAGUGGAAAGCCUGACACAUUUCCUUCAAUUCCAUGAGAUAGUAAUGGCACAUAAAGAGGAGUUUCUACCUUGCUCUGCAAUGGAAAAGCACUGGAGUUUCUACAAAGAAUGCAAAGAUUUUGGAUUCUAAAGACUUCUACAGUGCUAAUGCUUUUUUCUUUGCCAUCACUUAAAAGUAAACAUUUGAGCUUUUAGAACUAAGUACUUUGCUACUGUCAUUUUGAUAAAUCAUUUGUCCGGCACCUGGGAUAAUGGAAAGAUUGUUUGGGUAAAGGAGGAACAGGGAAGUACUUAGUGGCAGGCAAGGAUAACUGUCAAUAUUUAUUUUAUGCUGCAAGAUUAAGAAAUGGGGAAGUAGAUAGGACUUACACACUGAUGCUCAUUGUGAAUUAUAUUCCAGGUUGAUUACUUGGUAUGAGCUUUUAAGUUUUAAUUUAAGAUUAAAGUAACUGCCCAUGCUUGAUGGGGCAGGACAGAAACAGGCAGACAUCAACACUCACAGUCACUUCUUACAUCUAAACCUGGAACUGCUGUGGCUGAGCAUUUGCUAUCAGAAAUAGCAAUGCCUGUUUGUGUAAUAACAACAUUUAGUUAGGUUAGGCAAAAAAUCAAGAUCAGCAGCCUUGAGAAUCAUCAUCAGCUUUGCUUUAUGUGGCAUAUGUAUGUAAACAUUCGAGAAAGGGAGCAGGUGCUCAGAGAGGUUGAAAGAGGAAUCUUAGCUGUUGGAAAUGCUCAGGAAAAUUCCAUUCAAGUUCCAGCCAAAUCUCUCUGAUAGGCAGAGAAAAAUGUGCUGGCAUGUGACAGGAAAUUCAAUUAGCCUGUUUGCAGAACACAAUUUUUCCAGGUAACAGCAUCUUAGAUAUUCAUCCCAAUCCCUGGAGGAUUUCUAUUUGUUUUAAUUUUACAAUGUUUGAAUCUACUUUAGCAGCAUAUUUGUGACUAUGUUGACUAUUAAGAGAGUUAUCCACAUUCAAGUGGUGUUCUUGCUCUUUCAUUCUUCGGAUUGUAAGAAGAGAUGGAAUAAUAGUACCUGUUACUCCUAACUCCAGUGAAUAGGAUGGGAAGUAUCUCCUGUUAAUACAUAUUGUCAGCAAGCUAUUUGGAGUGUGAAGAGCUCUUCUGCAAAGAUCUGAUUAGUGUCUUAAACAGAAGUUGGUUUAGGGAAGUGAGAGAGGUCUGAUGUGCAGAGAGCUGGUACAGUGCCCUAGGAUGCAUGAGCAAUCACAGCCUGAUGGGCUGAAAGAAUAAAGACAUGCCAAUGGCCUGGAAGUCAAAAAAGGUAAGAGCUGCUGAAUGACAGGUAUUUUGUAAAGUCAGUUUCACAAAGAAAGAAAAUGGAGUGUUCUCACAACUGCAGCAGCAAAACAAACCUGAAGGCAUAUUGUUUCAAAGGAAGUGCUCAUUUACUUUCACUGAAAAGUAGAAGGUAUUUGACUGUUAAAAUUACCUCUGAAUUACAUGUUUGUUUGUCAUUUUUUCUUUGUUGCAAGAUGUCUAAUAAAAUUAAUGUACAAAACUUGA